AUGUCCAUGGAGUCCAUGACUCAACUGUAUAACAAGGUGAAACCAUUUUUGGCAGUAAUUUUAUUGCAAUUUGGCUAUGCAGGGCUGUCCAUAAUCUGUAAAUUUGCUCUAAACAAGGGGAUGAGCCAACAUGUGUUUGUAGUAUACCGGAGUGCCAUUGCCACUGUUGUCACUGCUCCUUUUGCUGUUGUCUUGGAUAGGAAGAGGCGGCCAAAGUUGACCUUCUCUGUCUUUGCUAAGAUUGUGUUGCUCUCCUUAUUGGAGCCUGUAAUCAACCAGAACAUGUUCUUCACUGGGAUGAAGUAUACUACAGCAACUUUCGCGAGAGCCAUGUGCAAUGUUGUUCCUGCGUUUACAUUUUCAAUGGCUUGGAUUUUAGGUCUUGAGAAAGUAAAUAUAAGGAGAUGGCGUGGCCAGGCAAAGGUAUUGGGGACCAUAGUAACGAUUGGAGGAGCUAUGCUUAUGACUCAGCUUAAAGGACCUAUGUUGAAUUUGCCAUGGACAGAUGGAAAUGGCCAUCAAGAAUCUAAUGCAGCAAAUAUGCAAGAUGUCAUCAAGGGUGCUCUCAUGGUGCUAGCAGGUUAUUUCUGCUGGUCUGGUUUCUUUAUUCUUCAAGCAAUUACGCUGAAAUCAUACCCUGCAGAGCUUUCAUUAGCAGUUUUGAUAUGUUUGAUAGGCACACUGGAAAGUGCCAUACUAGCCCUUACAUUAGAACGGGGCAACCUCGCAGCCUGGUCAAUACACUUAGAUACUGAGCUUUUAGCUGCUGUAUACACUGGUGUAGUAUGUUCAGGGUUUGCCCUUUACAUUCAAGGACUGGUAAUAAAGGAAAAGGGACCUGUUUUUCUGACUGCUUUUAAUCCCCUAAGCACAAUUUUAGUUGCAAUUAUCGGCUCCUUCAUUCUGUUUGAGACCAUGUACUUAGGAAGGAUUAUUGGAGCAAUUGUCAUUAUUGUGGGCCUAUAUCUGGUUUUAUGGGGCAAGAGGAAGGAUCAACCAGGGUUGAAGUCAGACAAUGAAGAGGUAGUACCAACCGCCGAUAUGGCUACUAUGAAUGAGAGGGUAACGACUUCAAAUCAAGAAUUUAUGGCCAUCAAUGUAACAAGUAUAAAAUCUACAGAUGAAACUAUAUGA